AUGAUCAUCAAUAAAAUUGAUAAAUUCUUGAAGAAUGAACUUUAGUAGUAAUGUUUUAGAAUUUUAGAGUAAUUAAAAAAGUAUAUUUCAACUGAAACUUAUUUAAUAUAGCUUAGAGUCGCAGAAACAUUACAAAUUCGUUAAAAUGGAUUAAUCAUUGUUUAGAAUUAUUUAGAUGAUUAUUCAUUAUUUUAAUAAAGGAAGAAACUAUUGAAUUGUUGUUAUCCUACAGAUACAAAUUGAAUCAAAUUGUAAAGAGAACCUCUUUGUGAAAGAUUAAAGUAACCAAUCUUUUGAUGAAUACUCUUUUUUUCCCAGAAAUUCUCCUAUGACACAAAAGAAAGGGAAUUUUAAUAUGAAGAACUAAUAAAAAUAACUAGAUAAAAUCUUUUAAUGACCUUAAUUCAUUCUUAAUUUAUUAUUCAAUAUAUUAAUAAUUAAUUAUUGAAUAAUAGAUUUUAAUAUUCGGAACUCAGAUAUUAUAAAUGUGUAAGUUUAUAAUUACUAGGUAUUAGAC